CCUGCUUCUUUUCGUUGCCAUGACUCGUCCUUCAUAACGUCAACUUUGCUCCAUUUGCGUGAUGGUGUCCACUACCCGACGUACUCCCUAAUGGGUCCUGGAUGAUUGGUCCAAGACGACCAAGAAUUGCUUCGGCUUGCUUAACUUGUCAAAGCUUUACUAGACAAUGGUGUUGUUAGCUGCUUCUCAACCAUGCGGAGGUUCGCCGCGAUCCGCAGCAUCUUAUCGCGUCUCCAUCAGCAAGCGACAUCAAGCUGUACGAGAGGUUCUUCAACUCCACGCUUAAGUUUCCUAAUUGGCUCUGGAUAACUAUCUACAUUGCAUGCUCAUCGCGUAGUCUCGACUAGCUUCAGCCUUAAGUACAAAACUGCGAUGGCGUGAUAGAAGCACCACUACUCCGACUAGCAAUAACCACAAAGCAAUAUUUAUUAAUGACAUGCGAUGCCCUUGUACCUUUAACAUCUCAUUCAUUCCCAUUCUUGAGACCGUCGAAUAAUCGCCGCAUUCAACCAUACUGGCAAAAUGGCUUCCGGCGACCACAAAGAAGCGACUGCCAAUGUUAAACCUGUAAAAGACGAUUCGAAACAAGUCUCAGCAGGAUCAUCCUCUGAGACACUACCUGUCGCUGCGCCCAAACGGGUCAAGGAUAUAAGCGAGGGCGCUUUUGAUACCUCCGAAGACCCAAGAUAUUACAAGCCGAUCGACGACUAUGAAGGUAUACAUCGUUGGGAUCCGGAUUUUGAAUGGGGAGAGCAGGAGGAGAAGAAGCUCAUAAGAAAGAUCGAUCUACGGGUCUGUACAUUCGCAUGUAUUACCUUUUUUGCACUACAACUCGACCGAGGCAAUAUCGUUCAGGCGAUGUCCGAUAACAUGUUGGGAGAUCUGGGGAUGAAUACAAAUGACUACAACACCGGCCAAACAAUCUUCUACCUCGUUUUCCUAUUCGCGGAACUUCCCUCCCAACUGAUCUCAAAAAAAAUCGGACCAGAUCGGUGGAUUCCGAUCCAGAUGUUCUGUUGGAGCCUAAUCGCCGCCUUUCAGGCUUUCCUCUCGGGAAAAAAGUCAUACUAUGUCUGCAGGGCGUUGUUGGCUCUGUUCGAGGGUGGAUUCAUCCCGGACACUAUUCUCUUUCUAUCCUUCUGGUACAAGUCUAAGGAGCUACCUAUCCGAUUAAGUUAUUUCUGGGUUUCCUACGAGGGAACAUCGAUUAUCAGCGCUUUCCUAGCAUACGGCUUCUUACAUGUGCGGAGGCCUGAUGGUACCGGGGGCUGGCGGUAUUUGUUUGCCUUUGAAGGUUUAAUAACAGGAAUCAUUGCAAUCAUUGCAGCAUUCUGGAUGCCGGCGUCACCUACUCAGACCAAAGGCGGGUUUCGCGGCAAAGAUGGCUGGUUCAAUGAGCGUGAAGAGAAAAUCAUGGUCAACCGAGUGCUCCGUGAUGAUCCAAGCAAGGGAGGCAUGCACAACCGACAGGCUAUAACGCUAAAGAUGCUUUGGGAGGCCCUUUGCGACUAUGAUAUGUGGCCCAUCUACCUUCUAGGAUUAACAUGGAUGAUCCCCAAUUCGCCAGCAACAAGCUACAUCACCCUACAGCUUAAGUCGCUGGGAUUCGGAACAUUUGAGACGAACCUUUUGACAAUUCCAGCUUAUGUGGUCUUCAUUAUCAACCUACUUGUUUGGACCUGGCUCUCAGAGCGAUUUCACCAACGAUUGAUUCUAGGAGUCGGAUCUAUGAUUUGGUGUUUGGUUCUUUUGAUCGCUCUCGAGACCCUGCCAGAUAAUGCCAGCCAUUGGGCUCGGUGGAUCAUUAACGUACUACUGAUCGGUGCACCGUAUGUGCAUGCUAUUGUUGUUGCCAUGACCUCUCGGAACGCAGGCACAGUUCGUACGAGGACAGUUGCCAGUGCAGUUUACAAUAUGAUGGUCCAAACAUCAAGCAUUAUCUCCAACAAUAUCUAUCGUGAAAAUGACAAACCGUACUAUCGCACUGGAAACAAGGUUCUCAUUGGGCUGACAGUUUGGAGCAUUUUCGUGUUCAUUGGAGCCAAGUACUACUACGUGUGGCGCAACAAGAAGAAUGCCGAAAAAUGGGAUGUCAUGUCUAGCGCCGAGAGGGAGGAAUAUCUGGCUGCUAGCGGGCACUUGGGCAAUAAAAGACUCGAUUUUAAGUUCAUCCAUUAAUUUACGAGCGAAGCGAGCUAGAUCCAGCUGGACAUGGAUCAAGGGUGCUUGUUAUGAU